GGGCUCUCCUCUGUGAGGGAGAGACACCGCACGAUGUGGACCUUCAGCCUGCUCCUCUUCUGGGGUUGGCAGCACUGCUCAACACAGGCGGACUUCGAUGUGAAUGAGUGUGGGGACACCACCACGUGCCCAGCUUAUGCCACCUGCACCAACACUGUGGGAAGUUACUACUGCACUUGUAAACGGGGCUUCCUGUCCAGCAACGGACUGAGGCAGUUCAGAGGCCCAGGAGUGGAAUGCCAAGAUGUAAAUGAAUGUUCUCCAAGCUCCUCACCAUGUGGUCCUAACUCAGUCUGCAAAAACCUGCCAGGGAGGUACGAGUGCAGCUGCUUGCCUGGUUUCUCCUCUCCCACUGGAGAUCGCUGGGUCCCGGCAAAGCCAGGCCAUUUCUCCUGCACAGACAUCAAUGAAUGCCUCGACAGCGGCGUCUGCCCAGAGCAUUCUGAGUGUGCCAACUCUUUGGGAAGCUACAGCUGCCACUGCCGAGAUGGAUUCAUCUCUAACAACUCCCGCUGUGAAGAGGUGGAUGAGUGUGCCGAUCCCAGAGCUUGCCCGCAGCAUGCAACCUGCCACAACAGUUUUGGAAGCUACUCCUGUGUCUGCAACCCAGGAUUUGAAUCCAGCAGUGGAAACAUGAGUUUCCAUGGCCCAGGAGGGACGUGUGGAGAUGUGGAUGAAUGUUCCAGAAAUGUGACUCUUUGCGGUCCCAGUACUGUCUGCACCAACAUCCCAGGAGAAUACAGUUGCUCCUGCCUUCCUGGGUUCAUUUCGCUUGAAGUUUGGACCCCCGAGCACCCGGAGGCUUUCCACUGUGCAGACAUUGAUGAGUGCCUGGAUAUGUGCCCUUUCAAUUCAACGUGCACCAAUACCCUGGGGAGCUACUUCUGUACCUGUCACCCUGGCUUUGCACCAAGCAGUGGACAGCUGAACUUCACAGAGCAAGAGGUGGAGUGUAUAGAUAUUGAUGAGUGUGUCCAAGAUCCAUCACCAUGUGGCCCCAGUUCUGUCUGCACCAAUGCCCUGGGCUCCUACAGCUGUGGCUGCAGUGUGGGCUUUCGUCCCAACCCAGAAGGCUCAUGGGAAUAUGGCAACUUCAGCUGCAAACGGGUUCCCUUCAAGUGUAAAGAAGAUGUGAUACCCAGCAAUAAGCAUGUCAUGCUAUGCCAAGAGGGAGCAGCAGUAGAACCUGAACAGAUGUCAUUUUGUACGCUGAUGAACGCCACCUUCAGUGUCCUGGAUGAGGCCUGUGCAAACAAAACCACUGUUGUUUCUCUGGAGAGUACAGUGGAGAACUUCGUCUCUGUGCUUGAACAAACAUCCGUGUGGUCCAACUUCACCAAAGACAAGGUGUCCACCCUGGCCACAGUCUUGCUGGAGAGUGUGGAAAGCACCACAAUGGCAGCUCUUCUGAAAUCCUCAGCAAAUGGCAGCCAGACUGUUCAGACGGAGCACUUAGAUAUUGAGAGCAGAGUCAUCAAGGACGAAUGCACUGCAGAGAACGUGACCUUUAACUUGAAAGCCAAAGGGGACUCGAUGAAGAUUGGCUGUUCCACAAUUGAAGAAUCUGAAUCCACAGGGACCACUGGGGUGGCUUUUGUCUCCUUUGCGGGUAUGGAGUCUGUUCUAGAUGAGAGCUUCUUCCAAGACCCUCUGACCCCUAACUCCAAGAGGAAGUUGAAGAUGAAUUCUCACAUCAUUGGGGGCAUGAUGACGGGGGAGAAGAAAGAUGGGUUCUCGGACCCAGUUGUCUACACUCUGGAGAACAUCGAGCCAAAGCAGAAGUUUGAGAGGCCCAUCUGUGUUUCCUGGAGCACAGACAUGGGGGGCGGUAGGUGGACACCGUCUGGCUGCGAAGUCCUCAAAGCCUCCGAGAUGUAUACUGUCUGCAGCUGUAGUCGAAUGGCGAACCUGGCUGUCAUCAUGGCUUCCGGGGAGCUUACGAUGGAUUUCUCCUUGUACGUCAUUAGCUACAUGGGCAUGGUCAUCUCCCUGGUGUGUCUCGUCUUGGCCAUUGCCACUUUCCUGCUGUGUCGUGCCAUUCGCAACCGCAACACCUACCUCCACCUGCACCUCUGCGUGUGCCUGUUCUUGGCCAAGAUGCUCUUCCUCGCUGGUGUGGACAAGACUGACAACCAGACGGGCUGCUCCAUCAUCGCGGGCCUCCUGCACUACCUUUUCCUCGCCUGCUUCUUCUGGAUGCUGGUGGAGGCCGUGAUGCUCUUCCUCAUGGUCAGGAACCUGAAGGUGGUGAAUUACUUCAGCUCUCGCAAUGUCAAGAUGCUGUAUCUCUGUGCCUUUGGCUACGGGCUCCCAGUGCUGGUGGUGGUUAUCUCUGCCAGUGUGCAGCCCCAGGGCUACGGGACGCACACUCGCUGCUGGUUGAGUACAGAGACGGGGUUUAUCUGGAGUUUCCUGGGGCCAGUGUGCACAAUCAUACUGAUCAAUUCCACACUCCUGACUUGGACCCUGCAUAUCCUGAGGCAGAAGCUUUCCAGUGUCAAUGCCGAAGUCUCCACUCUCAAAGACACCAGGUUGCUGACAUUCAAGGCCUUUGCCCAGCUCUUCAUCUUGGGGUGCUCCUGGGUGCUGGGCAUCUUCCAGAUAGGACCCAUGGCCAGUGUCAUGGCCUACCUGUUCACCAUCAUCAACAGCUUACAGGGAGCCUUCAUCUUUCUCAUUCACUGUCUGCUCAACCGCCAGGUGCGGGAGGAAUACAGGAGGUGGAUCACGGGGAAGGCCAAACCCAGCUCCCAGUCCCAGACCUCAGGGAUCUUGCUGUCAUCCAUGCCCUCCGCCUCCAGAACGGAUUAAAGCCAUUUCUUGCUUUUCAAAUACAUUAUGGAGCAACAUUUGAGGCAAGCAAGUGCCUGCAGGAGCCUAUCCUGGAAUCUCCUCUUCCUGGCUUAAUGCAGAAAUACAGAAUCCUCCAGCCCCAGAGAACUCGGGGAAAUUUGAAGCAUGGAGGGCAGGGCAAUUUCCCCAUGGUUUUGAGAAGCAAGAUUUCAGUUACAGAUAACAAUUUCAUUUUCUGUGUUCUGCAGCUCUCACCUUCUAGAGUUUUGUAGAAAUAACAGAUCUUGGUGCCAUGGUGUGAGCAAGGUGGUCUGGUUACCAUUUUGCUGCUUCUUAUGUUUGUGGGUGUGUGUCUGUAAGCAUGUCUCUCCCACACUUACCACAUGCCUGACAGAGGACAACUCUUAGUGAAUGAUUUGUUGUCCAACUGGCUUACCCUGUGGCAAAGACUCUCCCUGUUUCUAAAGAAAUGGUCAUAAAACUGUAAUGAUAGCCCCAGGAGACAAAUAAAGUGCAUGGACACAUGGGCGACUUGGGCACGAAUACCUGAGAGUUAGCUGGGUAAGGACGAGUGGCUGAUGGAGCAGAACUCUCGCAGUUAGUGAAGAGUUGAAGCAUUUGAUGACGACGGCCUUUGGAGAGUGUUUUGGCUCCUGGGACCUUUCAAGGAACCAUCAUUUCCCUUCCUUCCAGGAACUUCUUAAUGCCUUGGCCAGGAUUCAUCCUGCUCACAGAGUUGUUGCUCGCCCACCUUGCUCUUCGUCCCCCACAAAACCUUGAGUGCCAGGGAGAAAAGGGGAUGAAAAUUUAAAACGCAAAAAUCCUCCCUUCAACAGCCUCUCUGGCUCCUCCCUAUGCAAAGUGUGGUCCAUAGAUCAGUGUCCACCUCCUUGGAAAAGCAAGAUCUCUGGCCCCACCCUGGUCAGCAGAACCAGAACUUGCAUUUUAACAGCAUCCCCAGGGAGUUUGUGUGGUGCGUCUGAGUGAAUGUUCUAGAAUAUGCUAGAAUAGCCCAUUUGCUGGUAGCCAGAUAGAAACAUCUUGAGUUUCCCUGUGUGUCUAAGGUAAUUAAAUAAAGCUGAGACCUCACAAUAGAGAUUUUUCUUUCUACAACACCAAGCUGCACUGGGUGAGUCCCUUCACCUGGGUGGGCUCACGUGCCUCCACUGGGGGGAGAAGAGACUCAGGAUGAACACUGCAUGGUUCUUAAGUUCCAUAAACAUGAGAUGAAAUGACUUUGCCCUUUUAUAAUUCAAAUAAUUUAUGGUAUCCAAAAAUACAGAUCCAUUUUCUGAAGUGAUAUGAUCGACAACCUACAAGUGUGCCCUUUCCCCGAACAUCAAAAUAGUUGAAAAAACUGAAAAACUUUAAAGUAAAAAUAUUAGAACCUAAAACAUUAUUCUACAUUUAAAAUUUUGAUUAAUCUCCAAACCAGAAUUCAUUAUAAUAUGACUUCUUUUGGUUUGAAAGGAAGCAAAAUCAUCAAUAUUUUCAGAAUCAAGUUCUAGAAAAAAAUUAAUUAUCCAAAAUAUAUUUAAAAAGUGAUGGUAAGUUCAUUUUGACCCAGUGUAGGACAGAUCUUGGACUCGAAUAUUUUAUUUAUCAUGGACUUUCUCAUGUUUGUCUCCACUUUUAAAAUGUGGCGUUGACACCAGCCAGCAAAGCAGGCAGCUCUGGAAGCUGGAAAGGACCAGGGAACAGACUUUCCCCUGGAGCCUCCAGGAGGAACGCAGCCCGCACCA